AAAUCAAAUGUGUAAAUAUUGCCGUAAACCUAUACAUCAACCGGAUCAUCACACAGUACUUUGAUUCGGAUUCUAUUUACCAAAAUAAAGUUUUUUUUUUUCUAUAAAGGCCAUAUCGACGAAAGGUGACAAAGCAGUUAAAUAAAAUGGUUUAGUUAACGCGAUUUAUUCCAUUAAAUUAAAUGUAUUAGUAUAUUAUGUCCAUUAACAAAGUUUUUUUUUGUGUAAAAAGCCGCAGAAAUCAAGAAUUUUUAAUUGAGUCGUGACAUUGCACUUCACCGAAUAACAAUUUCUGUUUACAUAGCUAGAAACAUUUUGUUUUUAUAUUUGCCUUUUUUUCGAAAAGAAAAAAAUAUUUUAUUCGCCAGUCAUUAGUCAUAAAUAGACAAAUGUUGGACAUAAUCGAGAGUGAUAUAUAAGAAAAAAUAGUAAAUUUAAGAUCUGUUCAAAAUAAUGCCGAAGAUAAAUUAGAAACAAAAGUGAUAAAAAUGCAAUCAUCAUCGGACGAAAUUAGUGUAGAGGAGUUGGACGUAUCAAAUACCACGGAAUUGACCAAAAAUAAUAGCCUAAAGUAUCUACCACGAUGGCCACCAGUAAACAUAGAGUUUCAGGAUCUGUUAUAUUCGGUUCCGGAUUUAAGUGGUAACAAAGUUAUCUUGAGGGGAAUAAGUGGAAAAUUUCAAUCAAGUCAAGUAACAGCUAUCAUCGGCGCAUCUGGAGCUGGCAAAAGUACUUUACUGAACGUCUUAGCCGGUUUCAAGACAAGCGAGGCAUCUGGUAAUGUUCUAAUUAAUGGAAGACCGCGAAAUAUGAAAACGUUCCGUAAAAUGUCACGAUAUAUAAUGCAAAUGGAUUUGCAUCAGCCCCACCUAACUGUCCACGAAGCUAUGAUGGUGUCUGCCGACUUAAAAUUAGGAAACGAUUUAACGAAAUUACAAAAGAAUGAAGUGAUAGAAGAGAUUUUAGAUCUGUUACGAUUAACUAAAACAAGCCAAACAAUGUGUCACCAACUGUCUGGAGGUGAAAUGAAGAGAUUAUCUAUUGCCCUAGAAUUGGUCAACAAUCCUCCAGUCAUAUUUCUAGAUGAGCCGACGACUGGAUUAGACGACUUAUCGUGUUCCCAAUGUAUCUCGCUUCUUCGACGAAUAGCGCUCGGAGGACGUACGGUCGUGUGCUCAAUACAUACACCAUCCGCAAAAAUAUUUGAAAUGUUCGAUCUUGUAUAUGCAAUGGCUGACGGACAAUGCGCGUACCAAGGCAAUGGAUCACAUAUAGUUCCUUAUAUGCAAACCAUCGGUUUAAGUGUCCCCGUAACUCAUAAUCCUGCCGAUUUCAUUGUCGAUGUAUCUUGUGGCGAAUAUGGAAUGGAGUACAUUGAUCGAAUGGUCAAAGCGGUAGAGAAUGGGAAGUGCUACAAGUGGACACCAUUUCUAGCUGUACAAAAUGUGCUGGAUGAAAUUGAAGGUGGUAAAGAUGAAACGAUUCACGAAUUUGAGGAAGAUAUCGAUCCAAAACAACUGAAAUGUCGGUCAACCAGUUGGGAUCAAUUUAAAGUGCUAUUCAACCGACGAUGGAAACAAAUGUGGAGAGAUUCGUGCUAUAUGAAGCUUAAAAUUUACAUGACACUCUGCCUGGCUAUCCUGGUCGGCUGUUUGUAUCAAGGAUGUGGAAAUGACGCGACGAAAGCAUUAUUUAACUUUGGAUUUUGUUUCACCGUUACCAUAGCGUUUAUGUACAAUCCACUUAUGCCAGUUUUGUUGCAGUUCCCCAGCGAAAUAGCUCUGAUCAAGAGGGAACAUUUUAAUAGAUGGUUCAAAUUAGCUCCAUAUUACUGGGCGUUACUUUUGACAAGACUUCCUAUACAAAUUGGAUUGUGCUUGAUCUAUUUAGGGAUAACAUAUCCAAUGUCCGAUCAACCACUCGAAUGGAAACGAAUUUGUAUGUUCUUCUCUAUUACAAUAAUGAUUGCUUUGAUAUCUGAGAGUCUGGGAUUACUACUAGCUAGCCGAUUGAGUCUUAUAAAUGGAAUGUUCGUGGGACCUGUGAUGACUGUGCCGUUGAUGCUCUUAGCAGUAUAUGGCAUUGGGAAUGACAUUGAAAUACCAUCAUACGUGAAGAUAUUGAUGUCCUUCAGCUAUCUUCGAUAUGGUCUAGAAGGUCUGUUGGAUGCGAUGUACGGUUAUGACAGAGCCGACACCCUUUGUCCGGACACUGAAAUGUUUUGCAUGUUUGCGAAGGCAAGCUAUUUGAAAAGUCUGCUUGGAUUUCAUCACUCCAGUUAUUUGGUGUCAAUUGUUGCGCUGUGGUUGUAUUAUUUAUUGUUCACAAUAGCUGCCUAUUAUAUGAUCAAAAUGAGAUUGUCGAUUUCUGCGUCGAAUUUUGUAGCGGUACAGUACAUUGGACGAUUUGUCAAGACUCACUUAAACUUUGCAUCAUAUAAAUAAUUUGGAUGGAUGGUGUGUUUGUUUAAUAGUUUAGCUGUAGUUUUUGUAUUGGAUUGUAAAUAAAGGAAUCAAACGAAAGAAAAAA